AUGGCGGCGCCCAUAUUUGAAACAUGCCAUGUAGCAUGUUGCGCAAACAGGACUCCAAAUGUUGUUUCUUGGAGUCGUGGCGGGAUUAUUGCCUUUGGAACAUGUACCUCUGUAGCUCUGUACGACCCACAGGAAAGGGGCGUUGUUGCUGUCCUGAAUGGACACACAGGCAGAGUGAAUACAGUCCAGUGGGUUCACAGAGAGGACUGUGCUCCAGAGAGUCACCUUGUCUCAGGAGGCUCAGACAAUCGGCUCAUCGUCUGGGAGGCUCAGAAUGGAAAGUUUGUCCAGUUUGUGGAGUGCAAGGGUCACACUGGUCCAGUUUGUGCUGUGGAUGCCAUCUAUGUGGAGGACUCAAAGAUCUUAGUGGCCUCCUCAGCAUCCGAUUCCACAGUCAGACUGUGGCUCUGCAAUGAGGCCAAUGAAGCUGAGUGCCUCCAUACCUUAUCAUUUGGCAGCAGUUUCAUGAUGGAUGUCUCUCUGGCACUGUUGCCAGGCAGCAGAGUUCCCAUACUGGCCUGUGGCGGCGAUAACGCUCAGGUGCAUCUGUAUGUGCAGUCUAACGGAGAGCUCCAUAAAGCCAUGUCACUGCAAGGGCAUGAAGACUGGAUUCGUGGAGUGGCCUGGGCAUCUCUAGGUGGGGAGCUGUUAUUAGCCAGCUGUUCCCAGGACUGUCUCAUCAGAGUGUGGAGGCUGUGUGCCAAGUCUGGGACAGACGUCCACACAGAGGGCGAUCACACCAUCAUCAAAAUGAAAGAGGAUGUUUUUGAAGUAAAGGAGAGAGACGUGUCUUCAGUGUUUGCUGUGUCUCUUGAGACUGUCCUGGCAGGCCACGAGAACUGGGUCUAUGGAGUCCACUGGCAGCCUCCUUUCUACAAAGGUGGUGAGCUACAACAGCCUCUUCGUCUGCUCUCAGCCUCUAUGGACAAAACCAUGAUCCUCUGGGCUCCUGAGGAGGGAUCUGGCGUCUGGGUGGAGCAGGUGCGUGUGGGGGAGGUUGGUGGCAACACUCUGGGUUUCUACGGCUGCCAGGUGAGUCCGGACGGCUCCAUGAUCGUGGCUCACGCUUUUCAUGGAGCACUCCACCUGUGGUGCAGAGAACAAGACAAAGAGGGGCAAUGGAGGCCUGGGGUUGUGCUGUCGGGUCACUUUAAUGCAGUCCAGGACCUGAGCUGGGAUCCUGAGGGUGAGUUCAUCCUGAGUGUGGGCUCAGACCAGACCACCAGACUCUUUACUCCAUGGAGGAACCAAGAUGCCAAACAGGUAACCUGGCAUGAAAUCUCCCGGCCACAGAUCCAUGGAUAUGACAUGCAGUGUCUGGCAAUGGUUGGAAAGUUUCAGUUUGUGUCAGGAGCUGACGAGAAGGUCCUGCGAGUGUUUCAAGCACCUCGGAAUUUUGUGGAGAAUUUUGCCAACAUCUCUGGGACCUCAAAAGAAAAGCUGUUGGCAUCGAGUGACUCGGCCAACCUUCCGGAAGGAGCCAGCAUACCUGCUUUGGGUCUGUCCAACAAGGCGGUAUUUCAAGGUGACCUUACCCCCAAAACCAAUAAAGAAGAGGGGCAGUUCAACAGUGUAUCUGAUCAAUACCAGGAGUCUUACUUCCACCCGCUCAUCAUGACUGAGCCCCCGCCAGAGGAUCAUCUUCUCCAGAACACACUGUGGCCUGAGGUCCAGAAACUGUAUGGCCACGGCUUUGAGAUGUUCUGUCUCGCUUCAGACAGCGCCAGGACGGUGGUGGCGUCUGCGUGCAAGGCAUCUAAAGCCGAGCAUGCAGCAGUUCUGCUGUGGAGUACAGCAACAUGGCGUCAGCUGCAGACGCUGCCAUGCCACACCCUCACCAUCACCCAGAUGGCCUUCUCCCCUGAUGCACAACUCCUAUUGGCUGUUUCCCGGGAUCGCACCUGGUCUUUAUGGAGACGGAACCUUCCCACACCCGAAAGUCCAGAGCCGCGGUUCUCACUGAGUGCACAUACAGGGAAGGACACAGCCGUACACAGCCGAAUCAUCUGGUCAUGUGACUGGAGCCCAGACAGUAAAUACUUUGUGACAUCCAGUCGGGACAAGAAGGUGAUGGUUUGGGGGCCGUGCAGAUUAGAGGACUCUGGAGACUCCGUCCUUCCUCCUGAGAUUAAACCAUGUUCUUCCAUCUUGGAUGUGGGCGAUUCUGCUACUGCUGUGGCUUUCUGCCCCGUUUUCUGCUCUGAUAGCAGCUACCUGCUUGCCGUGGGCCUGGAGUGCGGCAGGAUCUUGCUGUCCAGGUGGAGUCCAGGCCCGGAGUCUGCUGGAGGACAGGACUGGAGCAGCUGUGGCCAAACAGACAUCCUACAGAGCCACGCUUUGACGGUCAAGCGGCUCCGCUGGAGACCCAGGCCCGGCCGAGCAGGUCACCAGAACAAAACGCUAGAUGGACAGAAUGACGACGGGAGUGACGUUGAGGACGAGAACUCCUGGGUCCAGCUCGCCAGCGCCAGCGCCGACCACUCCAUCAAAAUCUUCAACGUCAACACACGGACUCUUUAGCACCGACCACAGUGACACUCUCGUGUCUCUCACGCAGAGAGACACUUGGACUGAGGCGCAGAGGCCACAGCUGCUUGCUGGCAAGCCAUUCAUCCCCGUGACAGCAAGCUAAGUCGUGGGUCAGGACCGACCUGCCGCACACACGCCCUGCAGUCCGUCUGCACACAGCUGCACACAGCUGCACACACUUGAUGGGUGGAAGCAAGAUGGUGAAAACACCAUGACCCUCGGGUGGUAUGUGGACACUACAAAGUGUUUUAGAUCCAGAGAAGACAACACUGCUGGGUAUAUACAUCUAUAUGUAUAUCUAUAUAUAUAUAGAUAUAUGUAUAUCUAUAUAUAUAUAGAUAUACAUACAUAUACACACACAGAUUGCAUAUUUACACUAGUUAUACAAGUUGACAUUUAUGAUGAACGAGUGCUUUUCAGUGACCAAUCGAAGAAGUUAAUUCCACAGAUAUAUGGUUUGUAUUUGUUUUGAUGUCAAACUGAUUAAAAUGUUUUAUAUCCAACAUUUUAAAAGUUUUUGGUUUCUCAGUUAAGUUCUCGUGAUUGCUACACACCAUUAAUGUUUUCUAAUCUUAUACCAUGUUGGAUUUAAGAGUUUUGUGAUUUUCCAGAGCCGUUACUUAAAGGGCCCCGUGUGUUUUAUUUUAUGUUAACUUCAGCCAUUUUGCAAGUAAAUGUAACUAAGACCCAAUCUGAAAUAGACACAACACACGCAUGCACUUAAAAACUCAUGACUUGGACUGAUGCCUUAACUAUUGUUACAUUUCCAGAGAUGGCUUUCAUUAUGCAUGUAAAUGAAUAGGAAGUAAAACUUACUUUUUUUAAAUGGGAAACUACAACAGUUGUCCACAAUAUUUGAGGAUUGUUACUCCGGUACACUCCUUGAUCACCGAUUGAAUGUCUACCAGUUGUGAUCAGCUCAACUUAAAGUAAUUCGCCGAGGAAAAAAUAAACAUUCAAAGGAAACUUUGGGUUUUCGACUGGCUUUAUAUCGUUUCUGUGUGGGUGGUAUUUGCAAUGUUUCUUUUCACCAGCAACUGAGUAGUGAGCUCUCCUUGUUACAUGCAUACCACAUUUGAUAAAUAAUAAGCUGGUUAAAAAUUGGCAAAGUUUGCCUUUUCAAGAAAGUCCUGACAUUUUUUCCUUUUCCUUUUAAUGUUUUACAUAUUUCUUUAAAUCUGGUGUCUCCAGUUAUAUUAUAUAUUAUAGUAAGCAGUAAGACAUUUUUGGCAGUAAGUUGAGAAAAUAUAAGAUAGUUUGUUACAGGCAGGACAUUAAAACACUGCAAUAGAUUGUGAUCAAUCAACACCGGACUGUCCGGCAGCUUCAAUAGAUGGUGCACCUUCUUUUGGAGAUUGAGCAGAAUUCUCAAGGAUAGAGGACGACUAUGUCUUUGAUUUACUAUGGGCUUAGCUGACUGCGCCAUCGUUAUGUCAGCCAUAAAUUUACCUGCAGGAGAUUGUAACUGCUGGCCAUAACUCUCUCUAAUCACGUACCCUGGUAUGUAUGGAGACAUCAGUCAACCCAUGCCCACACACUACUCUGUGAAAUUUCUGUUUUUCAAAUUGUGAAAUGAGGUCUUGGGAAGGUAUGGCCAUACAUCAAGAAAUGGUGCACAUAUAACUAUUAAGUCAGUAUCACUGAUAUUUCAAUUUAAACAUGAAUAAUCUUGUUGCUUGAGAUUUUGUGGGAGGAGCUCCGACUAGCAUACUGAUGCAUCGGGCAUAUUCCUCUUUCUCAAAUGUCCUCCCCAAUGUGCCCUUGACCACUUCUCCUGAUGAGGCUGUGUUGCCAUGACGUGAUGCUGAGCAGGGAUUGGAAGCUACACCAGAACAUCUUUGAAUGUUGCAGACGAGUGGGGAUAAUGGUGACCACUGGCAAAGCCAACCAACCACUGAGUACGGUUGCACUUUCACUUUUUCUAGGAUUACAAUUGUGAUAUUUUGGCCUCUGUGAGACAGACAAUAAAGAAGAAUGUCUUUCUGAAAUAUGUUUUCAACAGAAAGAUUUUUAGUGUGCUGUAAAUGUGUAUCCAUUUGUGCACUGUUUGCCUUCCUGUAUUAUUUGUGCAUAUGUGUUGUUAAUAAAGCAUACAUGUUUCAUUUUCA